CGGAAAAUGCAUAAACCCUCAGAAUUUGAGUCUUUUAGACCUCAACAGAGCAGCCAGGUGAAGACCAAGACUGAGAAACUCUUCAAAUGUCAGCUUCAAGAACAUGGCAUCUUCUUCCUUAGCUAAAUCCAUCACAAAAUUUCGCCCUUGUUUUUCCCUUUCUGGCCACUCUUCCACGCCUUUACCUUCAUCUUCUUCCUCCUUCAGUUCUGCCGCAGUAGUUUCUUCUACACCUGAUACCAACUCAUCUUCACUUUCGCAACCUCAACAGAAACAAAGAGAGUCGAGAUUGUCGAAAUGGCUCCUGUUUCUACCUGGUGCUCUCACGUUUGGCCUUGGAACGUGGCAGAUUUUCAGGAGGCAAGAGAAGAUAGCAAUGCUAGAUUAUCGGCGGAAGCGAUUGUUAAUGGAACCUGUGAACAUAAACAACUUAUUGUCAUUGGAAGACAAGCUCGAUGAUCUGGAGUUUAGGAGAGUGAUCUGUAAAGGGGUUUUUGAUGAGAAAAAAUCAAUCUAUGUUGGUCCACGUUCAAGAAGUAUUUCAGGAGUGACUGAAAAUGGCCAUUAUGUGAUUACCCCAUUGAUGCCAGUUCCCGGUCUUCCUGAUAGUGUGCAGUCACCAGUUCUGGUUAAUAGAGGCUGGGCUCCACGCACUUGGAAGGAGAAGGCUUUAGAAGUAAAUCAACAAGGUAGUGAGCAGUCUUCACAUACUGUACCAUCCUUGGUUCAAGAGGGUGAGAGAAGCUCUUGGUGGAAGUUCUGGUCAAAAAAGACGGAGAGUCUAGAGAAUGAAAUCACUCCCAUUACUCCAGUAGAAGUUAUUGGAGUAAUCCGUACAAGUGAGAAGCCUAGCAUAUUUGUGCCAGCAAAUGAUCCCGACUCUAGGCAAUGGUUUUAUGUUGAUGUUCCAGCAAUUGCGCGCUCUUCUGGUCUACCUGAGGAUACUUUUUAUGUUGAAGACAUAAAUGAGAAUGUGAACCCAAGUGACCCUUAUCCCAUUCCAAAGGAUGUUAAUACCUUGAUACGGAGUUCCGUUAUGCCACAGGAUCAUCUAAAUUACACGUUAACAUGGUACUCUCUCUCAGCUGCUGUAACCUUUAUGGCUUUCAAAAGACUGAGACAAAAAACAAGUCGAAGAUAACGAGAACUCAUGCUUGACAUUAGAGCAGGAAUGAAUCCACCCGGAAUUCGUAAAUGUAUGUGAGUUAAUUUUGUUGGUUUUGAUUUUUAUAAUGCUUUUCACUAGAGAAGCCCGUAUACCUCAUUUCUUAAGGACUUUUUGGACUAGAAAAAUGCUCCGAUAUCCUCCAUCCCUUUUGUGAUAGAUACAGCUUGGGGUGAAGAUAACAAGUUUUCUGCAACCACUAAAACAGAGCAAGCAUCUUGAUAUUUUCAUAACUAAUAAAUUUGUUAGCCAAUUCUGGUGUAUGAACAGCUAACUUGCUAA